AUGGCCAAGACCAUCCUGAAGCUGCUGGUGUCUGGGGAGGGCGCGUCACGGACGGGCGUGAUGAUCCCCAUCCCGCAGUACCCGCUCUACUCGGCUGCCAUCACCGAGCUCAGCGCUGUGCAGAUCAACUACUACCUGGACGAGGAGCACUGCUGGGCGCUGGACGUGGGCGAGCUGCGGCGGGGGCUGGCCCCGGCCCGCCCCCUCAGGGCGGACGAGGUGUACCAGGACAACAUCUACGCUGAGGGCUCGACUUUCCACUCCUUCAAGAAGGUGCUGUUUGAGCUGGGGCCACCAUACUCGGACGUGGUGGAGCUGGCCUCCUUCCACUCCAUCUCUAAGGGCUUCAUGGGCGAGUGUGGGUUUCGCAGUGGCUACGCAGAGGUGGUGAACAUGGACCCCGAGGUGCGGCAGCAGCUGUUCAAGGUGUUGUCAGUACGCCUGUGCCCUCCCGUGCCCGGGCAGAUCGUCCUGGACGCCAUGGUGGCCCCGCCGCAGCCUGGGGACCCCUCCUACGAGCGCUUCAUGGCCGAGAAGCAGGCGGUGCUCAGUGCCCUGGCACACAAGGCCCGGCUCACCCAGGAGAUCUUCAACCAGGCGCCUGGCAUCCACUGCAACCCCGUGCAGGGCGCCAUGUACUCCUUCCCCAGGAUCGAGCUGCCGCCCCGCGCCCUGCAGGAGGCCAAGGCGCAGGGCCAGGCCCCAGACAUGUUCUUCUGCCUGAAGCUGCUGGAGGAGACGGGCAUCUGCGUGGUGCCAGGCAGCGGGUUUGGGCAGCGAGAAGGCACCUACGGUAUGCAUGGUGCUGGGUGCAGGUAG